AUGGCGGAGGGCACCAGAAUGAAAGGCUUCGAAGAACAACUGAAGAAGCAGGAUUCACGGAUCCAGAGCAUCCUUGAAGCCAAUGCAGCUGAAAGACUAGCACUGGAAGAGAAAUUGGCAACAAAUCACUCUGAUAUGAAGGCACUCUUGGAAGCGAACUCAGCUGAGAUGAAAAAUUUCAUGGUUUCCAUGAAUGCUCAAUACACCGCUUUUGUGAGAAGCUUGCAAAGCGACCGAGGGAUCUUAGGAAUUUCACCAGACAAUACGGAGAGGCAACCUGUCCAAAGGCCUCAGAGAAACUUGGAGUUGGGGCUAUCCAGUCAAGGAGAGAGGAAUUUCCUACCUGUAGGGACUCUUAAGGUGGAAUUUCCCAAAUUUGAUGGCUCUAACCCCAGAGAAUGGGUUAGGAGAUGUGAGAAGUUUUUCCGUUUAUGUCGCAUUCCAGAUUCGCAGCAUAUGGAUUUAGUGGAAUUGCAUCUGGAUGGGAAAGCUAGUAUCUGGGAGGAUGAUGUUAUAGAGGAGUUUAACAAGUUUCAUCAAACUUUCACGGUAAUCGCCUACCAAGAAAAGUUUGAAGAGCUGCGAGCUGCCGUGAUGCUCAAGGUCCCUGGUCUUACUGAAUCGUAUUACAUCUCCAGUUUCCUAAGUGGACUAAAGGAGGAGAUUAAGUUUGUGGUCAAGAUCCACAAGCCUGCAACCUUGCAAUCAGCAUUUGAGAAGGCGAGAUGGCAGGAGCAUUAUUUACAGGUUAUGGCUAAGCAACCUAGGAUGGCUACAAAACCAACUCCAGUUACGGAGACAAUACAGAAGAAGCCUGCACAUCAGAUGUUUGAUAGCAGCAACAACAAAACUACUCCCCAAGGCUCUAGGAGGAUUACCCCCACCGAGUUCCAGUACAGGAAGGAUCACAAUUUAUGUUACAAAUGUGGAGAGAAGUUCUCCCCUGGGCAUGUUUGCAGGAAUAAGGGAAUUCAUUUGCUGCUAGCAGAUGAGGGCGAGGCUCAAGUAGAGGAAGUAGCAGAUGAAGAGGAUGAGGUCAUUGAGUAUCAAGGCAACAAGUAUGGCAGGGAUAUUACACUAUCCCUCCACUCAGUUUCUGGCCAAUUGUCUUCCAGUACCAUUAAGAUGUUGGGAUAUUAUGGUGAUCAAGAGGUGUCAAUCCUGCUGGAUGGAGCUGUUAAGAAUCAUAAACCUUUUAAAGUCAGAAUUGCUGAUGGGAAAGAAUUAGUUUGUGAGCAAUGGAUUCCUGGUAUGAAGUGGAUGAUGCAAGGCCAUCAUUUUACUCACAAUGUGUAUGUACUAGACUUGGAACCGUACGACCUGAUUUUGGGGGUUGACUGGAUGAAGUGUUAUAGCCCCAUGACUUUUGACUUUCAAAAGUUGUCAUUAUCAUUUGAGAAGGAGGGUGAAAUGGUGUUACUACAAGGGGAUUCCCACUCUGCCAAGAUGUUGAUGAAGCAAGGAGUAUCAGCCCAGAAGUAUUGCAGAAACAAAAUCAGAACAGCCUUGCAACACUCUUGCAUGAUACGAGUACAAAACUCACAGGUAACUACUGUGUCCAAAACACUCACUCAAUUACUUGCUCAAUAUGAUGGCAUAUUUGCUGCACCUACAACUUUACCCCCCAACCAUAGCCUCAAUCAUCAAAUACCUUUGAAACCUGAUGCUAAACCUUUCAAGAUUAGCCCCUAUAAGUAUCCCCACAGGCAAAAAACAGAAAUAGAAAGGCAAGUCAAGGAAAUGUUGGCCACUGAUAUCAUCCAAACCAGCCAUAGUCUUUUUACAUCCCCAGCCUUACUAGUUAAAAAGAAGGAUGGCACUUGGAGGUUAUGCAUUGACUAUAGACAACUUAACAGCCUCACUAUCAAAGACAAGUUUCCCAUCCCGAUCAUUGAUGACCUCCUUGAUGAACUGCAUGGUGCCAAAAUUUUUUCAAAAGUUGAUUUGAGGUCAGGGUACCAUCAGAUAAGAAUGCACCCAUCUGAUAUCCCAAAAACAGCUUUCAGAACCCACUCUGGCCUCUAUGAAUACUUAGUGAUGCCAUUUGGCCUCACUAAUGCACCAGCAACCUUCCAGGCUCUAAUGAACUCGGUAUUUGAACCUUUUAUUCGAAAAUUUGUGCUAGUGUUCUUUGAUGACAUUCUAGUUUACAGCCCGGAUUUUGACUCCCAUCUCAAACACCUCUCCCUUGUUCUUGACACCCUCAGAAAUCACUUCUUAUAUGCAAAAAUGUCUGAGUGUUCAUUUGGGCAAGAUAGAGUAGAGUACUUGGGGCAUAUAGUUACUGGUGAGGGAGUCUCUGCUGAUCCUGCAAAAGUGGAAGCUAUGCUGUCCUGGCCAUCUCCCACCACUGUUAAAGGUUUAAGGGGGUUUUUGGGACUGACAGGUUACUACAGGAGAUUUGUGAAGGGAUAUGGGAAGAUAGCUAAACCUUUAACUAAUCUGCUAAAGAAGGAUGAUUUUGGGUGGGAUGAACAAGCUGAGCAAGCUUUCCAAGAACUCAAACAUGCUAUGACUCAAGCUCCUGUACUAGCACUACCUGAUUUCUUUAGAACAUUUGUAUUGGAAACCGAUGCUAGCCAAAAGACCAUUGGAGCAGUUUUGAUGCAGCAAGGUAGGCCUAUUGCUUUCAUGAGUCAGGCACUUGGACCCAAAAAUCAAACACUGUCCAUAUAUGAAAAGGAAUUAUUGUCAUUGAUUACUGCAGUAGGGAAAUGGAGACACUACUUGCUAGGAACUCACUUCAUAAUCAAAACUGAUCAUGAAAGUUUGAAAUACUUACUGGAACAAAAAAUCACUACACCUCUCCAGCAAAAAUAG